AUGGGCAAGGUAGCCCCGGUAUCUAAUGUGCCAGAGUCAAGACGUGAUGAUGCCGCGCCGCCUACAAGUCCGAAAGAUUCUCCGACGAGGACGGCAAGGAAGGACGAGCAUGAGGAGGGGGUUAGAUGGAAGCUUUGCGAUUGCGCCAUCGCCCGCCGGUCGGGAGCCUCCGUAACGACCAGCACUGACGAGGAGGCGAUCCCCUUAUCAGAUCUUCCCCCAAAUAAGAUCAACGAUACUCUCAAGCGCUCUGCAUCAGACAAUACCAGCUCACAUCCUGUAAAAUCACGAAAGAUCAACAACGACAUGCCUUCCGCGGUCUCAAACGGCUGGGCUGGAGCCAACAUUGUUGGCGGGAACUCGGUGGCCCGCCCCCGAUUGAGCAAGCCGCUCGUCUACUCCGGUUCUCUGGACAACUUCAAAAACGCAGACCUCACCCCUGUCAUUGGACGCGAGUAUGAGGGUCUGCAGGUGGUUGAUCUCCUAAAGGCAGACGACCAGGUCAUCAGAGAUUUGGCCGUCACAAUUUCUCAGCGCGGCGUUGUAUUCUUGAGAGACCAGGAUGUCACACCCAACCAAAUGAAGGAAUUCUGCCUUCGACUCACAGAGCUUGCCGGAUGUCCCGAGUCGUCAGGUCUUCACAUCCAUCCUCUGACGGAGGAGGGCAGCGAGCUCGGUGAUCAGAUCAGCGUCAUCAGUAGCGAAAAGCAGAAGAAGGGCGGCGGCCUCACCCACCAACUGAGCGAUGUCAGCCGCUUCGCCAGCGCCGGGUGGCACACCGACAUCUCUUUCGAGCAGGUCCCCUCGGACUACGCAAUGCUCAAGAUACACACCCUUCCCACCACCGGUGGUGACACACUGUGGGCUUCUGGAUAUGAGAUCUACGACAGACUAUCCCCCGCCAUGCAGAAGUUCCUCGAAGGACUGACGGCCACCCACGACGCUACAUUCUUCCAUGAGGAGGCCCGGAGGCUGGGUAACCCCAUCCGAGAGGGCCUCCGCGGCUCAUCGCUGAACCAGGGCUCCGAGCUCAAGUCCAUCCACCCCGUAAUCCGUACCAAUCCGGUGACUGGAUGGAAGUCCGUAUAUGUAAAUAAGGGCUUCACCAAGCGCAUCAACGGCGUCACAAAGGACGAGUCCGACGUCCUCCUCAACUACCUCUUCAACCUCGUCACCCAGAACCACGAUGCCCAGGUCCGCUUUAAGUGGCGCAAGAACGACCUCGCCAUCUGGGACAACAGGAGUAUGUGGCACUGUGCGACCUACGACUAUGUCGAGGCCAGGGCAGGCGACCGCGUGGCGUCGCUGGGCGAGGCGCCGUAUCUCGAUUUGAACAGCACGGGCAGGCGAGAGGCAUUGGGGUUGUGA